CACCGGCGGCGGAGCACGCGUGUGUGCGGACGCAGUUGCGUGAGGGGUUUCUGCCAUCCUCAGUGCUGUGGAGCAGAGCUAGUUCCACUCCAGCUUAGCCGCGCAGGUUUGGACAUAUUUGACUUUUAUUCCCCCAGGUUGAAUUGACCAAAGCAAUGGUGAUGGAGAAGCCUAGUCCCCUGCUGGUCGGGCGGGAAUUUGUGAGACAGUAUUACACGCUGCUGAAUCAGGCCCCAGAUAUGCUGCAUAGAUUUUAUGGAAAGAACUCUUCUUAUGUCCAUGGGGGAUUGGAUUCAAAUGGAAAGCCAGCAGAUGCCGUCUAUGGACAGAAAGAAAUCCACAGGAAAGUGAUGUCUCAAAACUUCACCAACUGCCACACCAAGAUUCGCCAUGUUGAUGCUCAUGCCACGCUAAAUGAUGGUGUGGUAGUCCAGGUGAUGGGGCUUCUUUCUAACAACAACCAGGCUUUGAGGAGAUUUAUGCAGACGUUUGUCCUUGCUCCUGAGGGGUCUGUUGCAAAUAAAUUCUAUGUUCACAAUGAUAUCUUCCGAUACCAGGAUGAGGUCUUUGGUGGGUUUGUCACUGAGCCUCAGGAGGAGUCUGAAGAAGAAGUUGAGGAACCUGAAGAAAGACAGCAGACACCUGAGGUGGUACCUGAUGAUUCUGGAACUUUCUAUGAUCAGGCAGUUGUCAGUAAUGACAUGGAAGAACAUUUAGAGGAGCCUGUUGCUGAACCAGAGCCUGACCCUGAACCAGAACCAGAACAAGAACCUGUAUCUGAAAUCCAAGAGGAAAAGCCUGAGCCCGUAUUAGAAGAAACUGCUCCUGAGGAUGCCCAGAAGAGUUCUUCUCCAGCACCUGCAGACAUAGCUCAGACAGUACAGGAAGACUUGAGGACAUUUUCUUGGGCAUCUGUGACCAGUAAGAACCUUCCACCCAGUGGAGCUGUUCCAGUUACUGGGAUACCACCUCAUGUUGUUAAAGUACCAGCUUCACAGCCCCGUCCAGAGUCUAAGCCUGAAUCUCAGAUUCCACCACAGAGACCUCAAAGGGAUCAAAGAGUGCGAGAACAACGAAUAAAUAUUCCUCCCCAAAGGGGACCCAGACCAAUCCGUGAUGCUGGUGAGCAAGGUGACAUUGAACCCCGAAGAAUGGUGAGACACCCUGACAGUCACCAACUCUUCAUUGGCAACCUGCCUCAUGAAGUGGACAAAUCAGAGCUUAAAGAUUUCUUUCAAAAUUAUGGGAACGUGGUGGAGUUGCGCAUUAACAGUGGUGGGAAAUUACCCAAUUUUGGUUUUGUUGUGUUUGAUGAUUCUGAGCCUGUUCAGAAGGUCCUUAGCAACAGGCCCAUCAUGUUCAGAGGUGAGGUUCGUCUGAAUGUGGAAGAGAAGAAGACUCGAGCUGCCAGGGAAGGGGACCGACGAGAUAAUCGCCUUCGGGGACCUGGAGGCCCUCGAGGUGGGCUGGGUGGUGGAAUGAGAGGCCCUCCCCGUGGAGGCAUGGUGCAGAAACCAGGAUUUGGAGUGGGAAGGGGGCUUGCUCCACGGCAGUGAAUCUUCAUGGAUCUUCACGCAGCCAUACGAACCAUAGUUCCUACAGAAUGGUGAAUUUCUUCGACCAGGCUUUGGUAUCUUGGAGUAUGACCCCAGUCUGUUAUAAACUGCUUAAGUUUGUAUAAUUUUACUUUUUUUGUGUGUUACUGGUGUGUGCUCCCUUUCCCUCUCUUCCGUUUCCUGACCUUUAGCCUUUCACUUCCAAUUUUGUGGAAUGAUAUUUUAGGAGUAACAGAUUUUUAAAGAAGAAAAAAAGAAAAGGACUGAAUUUCCUUGCUUACUUUGCAUAUACAGACUGGACUUUUUUUUUUUUUUUUUUAAACCGCCGUUUCCCCAAAGGAAUGUGUCUUGCGUAUUACUGACAUUUGGUAUGUUUCAUUCAUUGGAAUAUUUCUUAUUUUCUACGUGUUUGAAAAGCCUGUGAGACAAACAGGAUUUGAUAACAUUUUGAAGGCAGGAAAAACCCAAAUUGUUUCUUCUUUGAGAGUCAUGACUUCCUUCUGGUGUGGUGAAAUUGCCAUUGGAAAAUUUGACAGUUUUGAUUCUCACUGGUAUGUUUAAAAGCGGAAUAAAAGGAAUAGAAUUUUUCUUUUGAUACAGGAUCACAAAACAAUUCUAAAGCCUGUUUUUACCACUGAAAUUUAAAUUGUGAUAUAUAGGUUUUAAAUGUCUAGAAUGCAGGUAAUAGGCUUUUCUUGAACUUAGUUUUUUUGAAGUAGAGUUUUUCAUGUUUAAUUUGUAUUUGUAAAAAAACCAAAAAACAAAAAAAUUCCCCAAACCCAGAUAACAACCAGAGCAAAACUGUUGUGCCUUCUAUUUAUCUUUGAUUUCAGUCUUGGCAGUUGUUUAAAGAAAAAUAAUUAAAAAAAAAAACCUAGAUUUGUUUUAUUAUUAGGUUCAGAGUAUGUGGGGAAUUGUAGAAUCCCUGUUUCAUCACCUUAUAUGUCUUCUGUUAACAUAUUUGUUAUGCCUUAUUCUAAAAUUGAGUCUCAAACUGGAAUGCCUUUGAAGACAGAUGCUUCUAUAGAGGUUCUUUGGCCUAAAUAGUUCAGCAUUUGUAUUAAGUUUUAUCCUGGUAUCUAAUCAGAUUCCUAAUCAUAGCCCAUAAGAAGGAAUGUGACUUUAAUAUUGGACUUUGCUGAUGUGCUCGUGUCCGCAUUUUUUUCUUUAAAUCAUAGCCAUAUGUUAAAUUUUCUAUUUUGUUAUGGUUCUCUUUUAUUGAUGGGCAUGCAGUGGGUGUUUCUUGGAAAUGGCCAAUUUUUAUUAAAAUAUUUCUGGAAGAAAAUUUAAUCUGGCAAUAUAGACUAAUACUCGUUUCACAUAUGUGUUAUUUGUUGAGUGCUGUGUGUGAGAUGGGUGAAGGUUUUGUUUACAAGUGUGAAGCAAGCCUUUGUGUGAUUACUUGUCAUUACUAACUGAAGGGCAACCAGGUUGUCAAAUUCACUUAUUUAUUUUCUUAACAGUAUUCAUCUUGGACUGUCAUUUGAGGAUAGUACAGGAAUAUUUGCAGUACUAAGAAUCUCUAGGUUUGCUCUGAAGGGGUCAGUUAAGGCUGAGAGACUCUAGGUUUGCUGUGAAGGGGUCAGUUAAGACUACAGUGAAGUUGGUGUUACUAGUUUGGUUCCACUUCUUCAAAUAUUUGAAAAUUAGCAGCAUCUCCUUUACAUAAACGUGACUGAAUCACAUGGCCUUUUUGGAGGGUUAGUUUAAGUAACUUUGGUAACCACUUUGACCCAGAUCAGUGAUCACAGGAAGAAAUACAACUUGUACUUUUUGUAGCUUAUAUUAAGCGUGUGGUGGGUGGAAAGAAAAGUUUAGUUUGAGUUACUUUGGAAAAAAAAAUUAUGUUGUGGUAAUAAAUUAUAGAUAACCUAGAAAUUAUUCUUCACAAGUGAAUACUAAAUUAUACAUUUCAAAACAGGGCAUUAACUAGAUGCAGCUAUCCUCAGCUUGGUGUUAUCACAUCCUAGAGAACAUUUGGAAAUGUGUGAGAUUUGGAAGGGUUGUUGGAGAGACAUGCAUCUGGUGUUUAUUGGGUGGGGUCUGAGGAUACCAAAUGUUGUGUAAAAAUGAAGCAGCCCCAUCGAGAACAUGGGUAGUUGCUCUGCCUAUGAGUGGGUGGAGCUGUGGGAUUAGGAAAACAGGAAUGAAGACUCAUCCUUUUGAAAUUCAGCCUGAGAUAAAUAACAAAUAAACUAAUUAGGAAAUAGAAAUCUAUUUCAAGAAUUAUAGUAACAUCUACUCUAAGUAAUUAGUAAUUUCACUUUCCAUUAUUUGUACCAAGUGUAUGUGUUGUGUUGUGUAUGUGUGUGUAAAUGUGGAGAGGUGGUAGCAAUACAUGCUGAUGCUGCUCGUAACUUGUGGCAGGGAAUUACUGCACAGUCCCAGAAAAUAAAAGGCUUCCCCAGUGAUUUCAGUCUUCAGAGUUGGGAUGAUUGUGAGGUUUUGAAGGAUGGUAUUGGACCUAAGAAAUAGAAUUAGCAUUAUGGUCAGCACUAUGGAGAAUCCUUGUACAAUUAAGUACAUGAUUGCAUGUAGACUAAACAUGAGAGCUUAGAGAUACAUAUGUUUCCACUGCUGGAAAAUGAAUAUAAGUUAGGGCAAUAUUUCCUAUAGGCGGCAGCAGUAGGAGCUCAUCACAUUCAACAUUUUCAGAUUUUAAAAUGAAAUUUUUCAUCUGUAGGAAUGGCCCAAUGUAUAGUUAUUGAGCUUAAGACUUACUGAGCUUAGAACUCUUGACCCAUGAGUAUUUUUAUUUUUAUAGAGGCAAGGACUUGCUAUUUUGUCAGGCUGGUCUCAAGCUCCUGGCCUCAUGAGCCCUCCUGCCUUCCAGAUAGCUGGAACUAUAGGUAUACAGCAUUGCACGUGGUCUCCUGAGUAUUUUAGCUAGGUAAAAUUUGUUUGGUUCAGUGAGUCUUAGUUUUUUAAGACCUGUUGAUUUAUAAUGAGAGAUCUUGGGCCUUAAAAUAUAUUUUUGUUUCAGUGGUGAGGUUGGGCUUUACUUCGUGUAUUCCAGUGUUCUUAAUUUUGUCAGAUAUUGCUAGGGACCAGUGAGAUGGAUAAUCCAAAAAUAAUAAUUCUACUUUGGGUGAGUAUGUCACUACCACAGUGUUAGUUGAAUUGCACUUUAGUUUUAGGUUAGAAAAGUUAAUUUUCACAUUUGUGCUGUGGAUUAGGUGAUGUUAUCCUUAGCAUAAUAGAUAAGGAACAAACAGAGCAGUGAAAUGACAGGCUUUCAAGUUGUCCAUGUAGCAAGGAGCAUAUUUGACACCCAAACAAAUACUUUUUCUCUAGAACCAUAAUGACCCCCCAGUUACAUUUCAGUAACAGACCGUAAUGAACUUCCUACUGUAGGGAGACUUGAGUUAGGAAUACAUUCAGAAUAGGGUUAACAUUACAGUUCUUAAUUUUCUUUAGGGGAGACAAGAUAAUUAAACUUGGCUUUUGCCAGUUUUUUUUUUGAUUUGCAGAUUCUAUAUGGUAACACAAUAAUGGUGGUUCUUAAGUUUUUUUCUCAUCUGGUUUGAUGAUUUAGUGCAAACUUGAAAUCUGGAUGUGGAUAACUAUUUUUAUUAUAGCAUAAUCCAGGUGAGUUUACAGAAUUUGUGUUUUAUGCUUAUAAACUGUGACCUGAUAAUUUUCUUCAUCCCUCUAUUGGAAAACCGUUGUUAGAAGUUAAUGAUUUAAUGGAAAAUGUUGCACUUUAUAGAAAGCCAUCGUAGAACUUACAGUUAACAUUUCUAUGGAGCUUAGAUUUGUAGACCCCUGUUUAUGCUGAGUGACAUUUCUUUUAAAUGGUUGCAUUUGCCAAAUCUACUUCUAAAGAUGUCUUUCAUAUUACAGUUUUCUUUUUGUGCUACUUUAGAGAAUCUCUGCAGUACUGCAUACAGAUGAGAUAAUCGUUGACCUUUUUAGUUCAGCAGUUUUUAACUUUGCAAAAGAAGUAACACCAAUGUUUAUUUGAAUAUCAGGUUUUAGCUAACUGCCUAAUAUACCAAAAAAAAACUUAGCAAUGUCUUAUGUGGGAUGAGGGGUUGAAUUAAAGUUGCUGAUCAAUUUGGCCAUGUGGCACUAGAUGAUAACUAAAUUAAGGGUUUCUGGUUCUAAGGUAGUAAUGGCUUUUGGGAUUUAUAUUUGUUUAAUGUUGAGGUUCUGGGGACCAUAGGUGGGCCUGUCAGCUCUUAACAGAUUAUAGUAAAGGAGAGUUGGUGACGCAUGUGAGAUAAAACUUGUUUAUAUUUACAUUCUUAUUAGAUGUCAGGACAACACUGAAAUUAAACUGCUGUGUUCACGCUUUGAUGUGACAGUCUCAAAUUAAGGCCUAAAUGAAUAAAAAGAUGAUAUAGAGAAUACCUAAAACCCUUAACCAGUUUUGGUUUUUGAUUGUGCAUAUGUGUUGGCUUGGAAUCAGGUUUUUAGUUUCUGUUUAUGUGACUUGUUUGAAAACAGCGGAUUCUUCUCUCCACAGUUUCUGUUUGAACCUAGUAGCUUAUUUUAAUUCCCUGGCAGUAAGAGGAAAAUAAUACAGGGAAUCUGUUCAACUAUUUCUUUAAUAAAUCAUGUGACUUGACCAGUUACAGAAAUUCAUAUGUGUUUAAUAUUUUGAAAUGUGGCCUGUGUCCCAGAUUUGUAAGGUAACUGCAUAUAGUGUGUCUUUGGAUUUUUUUUUUUAAGUAAAUUAUGGAUUUUUUCUGGAUUACCAGAAAUUAACUAUUGAUUUACUGAACCAAGUAUUUAUUUUCAGGAGCCCACUUAUGGGGAAGGUUGCCUGUAUUUUUGGUAGUAAUUAAAGGGAAGAUUAGAUCCUGUUUAACCUGUAUAGAAACAGUUUUAACUAUUGCUGAAGUUAAAAUCACUUUGGGGUUGGUUGUGGUGGCUCAUUCCUGUAAUCCCAGUGCUUUGGGAGACUGAGGCCAGAGGAUUGCUUGAGACCAUUAAUUUGAGACCAGCCUGGGCAACAUAGCAAGACCCAGUCUCUACUGAUAAUUGAAAAAUGAGCCAGAUGUGGUGGCACAUUCCUGUAAUGUUGCCUCUCAGGAGGCUGAGGCAAGAGGAAUUCCUGAGCCCAGGAGUUGGAGGCUGCAGUGAGCUGUGAUUGUACCACUGUACUUUAACCUGGGUGACAGAAUGAGGCCCUGUCUCUGAAAAACAAAAAAUUACAAAACCAAACAAAAACAUUUUGGUUACUCAUUGUCCUGAUGCUUUGAUGUCAGUUGUUCCCCUAAAUUUUAAAAUUUUGUUACGAAGAUUGGAUGUACACUGAUUUGGCCCUUUAAAUGACUAUACCAAGAAGCUAGUAUAAGGGAGUAGGAGAGGAGAAAACUUUUUAAAAAAUUAUUUGGUGCAUGCUAAUGUAGCUUGUAGGGCAUGUGGUUUAAAAAAUUUUCUGGAUUUUGAAGGAUAGGGUGGAAGUAAAAUUUAGCUGCUAGCAUAGGGAACAUUUGUGAUUUAUAUAGGAAAUAUACUUUUCAGUGAGAAGCAUCAGACAAUUUUUUUCUUCUAUUUUGAUUAUUACCACAAGGAACAGAGAAACUCUCAGAAUUCUUUGAAUCAUAGAAUGUUAGUGCUAGAAAGGACCAAAAGUGACUUUAUAACCCCUUCAUUUUACAAGUGAUCAGAGAAUUGAGUAGUAGAGUCCCAAAUCUGUUUUUAGAAGUAAUAUGAUCAUCAGUUUAGGUUCACUGCAGGAAGGCUAGCACUGUUAAAGUUUGUCAGAAGAAAAAGGGAAGGUGUCACUUUUUAUAUGUUCACCUGGUUGCUUCCGCAGUUUUCAUACCCCUGUUUUCUCUAUUUUUUUUAGAAUUGUCAUUAAUGGCCCAGCUCUACCAGGGCUUGUUGUCUAAGGACAUUAACUUGUGCUCCCCUCAGGGAUGGGUUUACUACUAGCUGUCAGAAAGCUAUUGGGUAUCCUAAUGUGUUAAUAGCUGAAACUCAGCUGUAAUUUCUCCUAAAUACUUCAGCAUUUUGCAUUCUGUACAUUGUGGUGCUUUUUCCACCUUGUAUUGUAACUGUAAGCUCCUACGGGGCAGCAAUUUGGUCUUAGGCAUGUACCCUGUUUAGUGCCUGGCAGUGCCAUGUUUAUAUCAAGGUCUUAAUAUUACUUUUCAGUUAUUUCUCCUACUCUUCAUGGAAGUAGUGCUCCAGCCUUGCUAAAACACUUAGGGUCCUCCCAAUAAGCCAGGCAUUGUGAUUCCUUGGCUUCAAGUGCCUUCUCUCUUCCCUGAAGGUCCACUGAGAUCUACACCCCGCCCCCCCCCCCCCCCCCCCCCGCUUCUUCAGAUCUCUCGCCAUGUAAGUAAUUUUUUAAAAGAUCAGUACAAGAGCUAUGUUUUUUUCCUAAGAAAAAAUUUACAACAGGAAUGGGGAGUUGUUUGGGUCUGAUCUGAAAAUCCUUUUUUGGGUCUGAUCUGCCCAGAAUUUGAAGUGAGGAACAAAUUCAUUCUCAUCUGUUUUCCACAUUGUUUCUCUUGUUUGAGGUCCUGUUUUGACCACCGUUUCUAGAGCAUUUUGUGUUUCUCAUAGUUCAUAACUUGACCCCUUCAAUCUAGAAUUAGAAUUACAUUACUGUUUUACUACUUUACUAGACUGUAAGCUCCUAGAAGACAAGGACUAGGGAGUUAAUCUCUGUAUUCCACCAGAAGGUAUAGUGACUCGUAACUAGAGUCUUUAGAUGGUAAUUUACUGAUUUGAAUAACUUAAUAUAUUUGUUUUCAUUCCUAAGGGAGGCACAUUUGGAGAUAGACCUUGAAUUUAAUCAAUAUUAGGCACUAUGCAGUGGAGGAAAUUGUUGGGAAAUUUUGGGGGAUGGAUAUAGAAGGGGGAGGAAGUCACUGGCCAUUUUGAGGUGCUUUCAUUAUUGGUCUGGGUAACUAGUCAUUUCUUCCUGAUUGUGCCUAGUAUAUCCCAGGCAGUUUGUUUCUAUGCAGAAGAAUUUUAUAUGAAAUUUUCAUUUCUUUGCAAAAACUUGUUCCUUUUUUCAGUUCAUGAAAUCAUCCAUGCUAAAGUCUGAGUCAUCUGCUUCCACUUCUUAUUCCCCACAUCCAGUCUUCAGCUAAGUCCUGUCGGUUCUACCUCGAGUCUUUCAUGUGUUUCUUCCUCACCCAUGUAAUUUCAGUAGCCUCUCAGCUUCACUUAACCUCUUACUCCAGUCUACUUUAUACACAAUGUUAGAUUCAUCUUACUGAAACGUAGCUCUGACCAUGUAUCCCAUGUAUGUGUUCUCUCUCCACUAUUAGACUGUAAGCUCCUUAUGGGCAGGAUCUGUGUCUGAGUCAUCUUUGUAUCUUGCCUAGUACCUACCAAUAAAUACUUCCUGAAUGAA